AUGUCCCAGGUGGCGGAUGUCCGCUUCGCAGAUGUCGAAACCACCUAUGUACUCGGCAACUUGUCAAAAGGAGCGGUGCCAUGCAUCCUCCUUUCGAGAAAUUUGGCUCUUCUGGCUUCUUCCCUGGCUGAUGCCAUGGCUUUCUACUUGGAAGACUCCGUCUUGGAUGCGUGCACUGCCUUGGCCCGCGGCCUGAUUCAAGCUUUGUUCUCUUCGCCCUCCAGCACGCGUGCCGCCGCAGUCUCCCUGUCGGCCACAACCCUCCAAUCCUUUCGCUCCGUCCGAGUGCCAGCCGCGGACGCCGCACGCUUCGCCGAGGAAGCACGUGGCCUCCAGCUGUCUCUCAAUUGCGGCGAGGCUUUCCGCCAAAUGCCAAAGCCAGCGUCACAGCUGCAACAGCCAGAACCAAGACCGCCUGCAGCCCGCCGGCAUCGAGCACGCCCUCAACGCUUCCAGGGGCCUCGCAGGGAGACUUCAGCCGCUUCGCUGAAGCCGAGGGUGAGGCUGUUGCUGCCGGCGCUGCAGCCGACUCUGCACUUGGCAGCACCAUGGCUGUUGCAACCCCCAACACGGCCAAUGCAGCCGUGCGAAGGCGACGAAGGCGAAGCGUCCAAGGUUCUUCAGGUUGCCGGUCCACUCCGGGUGAAUCCAACACGGGCCUGGCGGGCAUGGCCAGUGCGGUGGUUCGUCUGA